GCCGAGCCAGUGGACCGAGCAGCGAGAGAAGGCGGAGAUCGGUAGCAUCCGGCAUACCCACAUCCCUUCAGCUCAUAACUCAUCACCACCCACACCUCACAACUCAUCCGAACAGCAGUGGAACCGGGGUUGGCCCACCACAACGCAACCCAGCAACGACACCACGACUUUCUCAACAGGGUGGGCAGCACACUCAGAGCGCCGUCAUCAGGAGCAGCACCGGCGCCAGCUCCAGCGCCGGCGCCAGUCCCAGCAGCAGGAAGUGAAGUAGCAGCGGCAGCAGCAACACCGGCAGCGGGAGGAGCACCGGUGGCCAACGAUGGUGCAUCCGGCAACAUGAUGUUUCCCGGAGAGACAGAGUGGGGAGAUGGGCUCGGCGGCGUUCUCUUCGGUACACCGGCACAGAACAAAGGAAGGAGAAAGAAAGGGCAGCUGGAAUUGGAGCCGCCGGACUUCGCGAUCCCCGAGCUUGGUGGUGGACGCCAAAGGAAGCAUCACCCUCUGAAGUUCAAGGUGGAUGCGGUGAGGUACUCACAGAAAAGGCUCAAGGGGGCGCAGGGGCCGGGCGGGACUGUUGGGAUAAGCUAUGCCAGCAGGAUCCUGAACAUUCCCAACAAGGCGACGUUGGCGGCGUGGGUCAGGGACGUCGCCAAGUACGAAGCCGCGCUGGCGAAGCAGGACACGUACAAGGGAGGAGGGAAGCGCAAGAAGAAAGCCAACAACCGCCUGUCGCUGCACGUCGGACGGAUCAGGACGCACACGAUGGCCGAGCGUGAGGUCGUGGACUGGAUCAAUGAGCUGCGUUCUGAUGGCAUCUCCGCCCGUGUUUCGACGAAGAUGAUCAAGAACAGGGCCGUCGAACUCAAACCGAACUUCUUCGGGGAGAGGCCGGCGCCACCCGAUCUCCAGGGCUCCCUCAAGUUCAAGAACAGGCACAACCAGUGGUGCAGAAGGUUUCUCAGGGUCUACCGCUUUUCUGUGCGAGCUGUCACCCGGCAAGGCCAGAAACUUCCUUCCGGCUGGCCCUUGAUCGCCUGCAUGGCGAUCAAGGAGUGGAGGAGGCUGAAGUACGACGUACCUUCCCUGCUCAAACUUGCGGACGGCGUCGAAUACCUAGGGGUUGCGGCAGGGGCGGGAGGCAGCGCGAGCGGCGGCGGGGGUGGGAGUGGUGCUGGAGUUCCUUCGGGGCCGCGUCUCAAGUUCCCCUUGGAGAAGAUCGGUAACAUGGAUGAAACCCCUACGUGGUUCGAGAACCCGGGGAAGGACACUGUGAACGCCACGGGCGACAAGGAGAUUGCCGUCAAAACCGGCGGCAAGGAGGAGAUGCGCAUCACUUCGGUCCUGACGGUGUUCGCCGACGGCAGCAAGCUGCCGCCCCUCCUCAUCGUCAAGGGACAGCCCACUCCGAAGGGGAAGUCCCCGGCCGCCAAUAGCAUCGAGCGCGAGUGCAAGAACUGCAAGGACAAGAAGGGCUAUGCGUACGCCCGACGUAUGGCCUACGCCCGGGACCCGAAGGGAUGGCACUCCCAGCGGGUGUUCGACGACGUGUGGGUGCCGCAGGUGUGGAACCGGCGCCCGGGGCGGCAGAGCCGCCUGGGCGGCUACCGUCAGCCUGACACGCUUCUGGCGUGGGACGACUACACCGUCCACAAGACCGACGCGUCUCCCAAGGCGAUGGAGGAGUCCAACACGACGAUGUUCCUCAUCCUGGGAGGCCUGACUCCAAAGCUCCAGCCGUGCGAUGGCCUGGUCAACAAGAUCCUCAAGGCAAACAUAUCCAGGCUCUACGACGACCACAUGGCUUCCAAGGACGUCACGCGCAACGACCGGGGAUACCCGGAGCCCCGUCCGCGGGGGUUGGUCGCACAGUGGGUCACGAAGUCAUGGGAUGCCUUGACCGCGGAUGAAAUCCGCUCGAGCUGGAGGAAGGCUGGCCUGCUGCUUCCCUUGGACGGGUCGGGAGACGAGGCCUGGGCCAACAAGGAGCUCGGCUCCAGUCCCCAGGGGGAGCCCAUCGGAGCGCCGUCGGGCGCUGCGGACAAGGCUGACUCGUCGUCGGGAGGCGAGAACUUGCCGAGGUGUUGGACAUCGACGAUGACGACGAUACGGGCGUGGUGGUGGUGGACGUGAGCGACGACGAGGGCGAGGAGCUGUGAGGCAUCCGCAGCGAUGCUGGUGUUGAGAAAAUGGCUUGUGGCGUCGUUCUCAUGUCUCCUCGUAUUUUUCCUGGCGUGCGUUUCUCGUCCUUCCGUCGUCUUUGAGCGAGUGUGAAGGAACCGUCGGCUGUGUUCUUCGCCGCGUGGAGUACAACGUUGUUGUGUUUCGUAGUGUAGAUUUGUGGUUUGUGAUCUUCGAUUUGUGGUCGUGGUGUAUUUGCGUUACUCUCCCUUGGUCAUAUCCAAAGUAAGGUGCGCAGCAGCCAACGUUUUUGUGAGGGGGGCAGGGCGGAUGGCGCACGCUGCGGCCACCGCCGAUUAUCGUACAUCGGGCGAGGUACCUUCCAUUUGUAUUCCAUUUUUUUAUGCACCAUUCAAGCCUGUAUUGUUUUUGAAAUUUUCUAUGGCGUUGACGGGGUUGAGUUAUCGCCG